GGAUGCCGGAGCACCAUGCUUAUCCGCUGACAUCCAAACUUUUCCUUUUUUUUAACCCAAAGAGUAUCGGUGAUUUUUGUCCACUGCUAGCAGAAGAAGAGAGACCUCAGGCCCCUUGGAAUGCAGCAAACCCCUUAUUUAUAAACGGGCCCUGAGGUCGUGAUAUGCAAACGCCCCCCGCCCCCCCAUCGGUGAAUUUUCUAUCCUAUGGAUAUCGGUCCUGAGAUUUGAAAUCGGAGAGCACCCCCUGUCUGCGCUGGGUCCGGCCGCCUCGGUCCUUUCAAUGCCCAGUUUCCUCUGGGACUGCUGGCCUUCCCUGGAGAUCAGAGCGGUGCUGUGUGCCAUGGGCUGCAUCCAGAGCAUCGGCGGCAAAGCCAGAGUCUUCCGGGAAGGCAUCACGGUGAUUGACGUGAAGGCCUCCAUCGACCCCGUGCCCACCAGCAUCGACGAGUCCUCCAGCGUGGUGCUCCGCUACCGGACGCCCCACUUCCGUGCCUCCGCCCAGGUGGUCAUGCCGCCGAUCCCCAAGAAGGAGACCUGGGUAGUGGGCUGGAUCCAGGCCUGCAGCCACAUGGAGUUCUACAACCAGUAUGGGGAGCAGGGCAUGUCCAGCUGGGAGCUCCCGGCCCUCCUGGAGGGCAAGAUCGAGGCCAUCAGUGACUCGGACGGGGUGAACUACCCCUGGUAUGGCAACACCACGGAGACGUGCACCAUCGUGGGCCCCACCAAGAGGGACUCCAAGUUCAUCAUCAGCAUGAAUGACAACUUUUACCCCAGUGUCACGUGGGCCGUGCCCGUCAGCGAGAGCAACGUGGCCAGACUGACCAACAUCUACCGGGACCAGAGCUUCACCACGUGGCUGGUGGCCACCAACACCUCGACCAACGACAUGAUCAUCCUGCAGACGCUGCACUGGCGCAUGCAGCUCAGCAUCGAGGUGAACCCCACGCGGCCCCUGGGCCAGCGCGCCCGGCUGCGGGAGCCCAUCGCCCAGGACCAGCCCAAGAUCCUGAGCAGGAACGAGCCCAUCCCGCCCAGCGCCCUGGUCAAGCCCAAUGCCAACGACGCUCAGGUUCUCAUGUGGCGGCCCAAGUACGGGCCCCCGCUGGUGGUGAUCCCGCCCAAGCACCGGUAACGGCCGGGGCGCCCCCCGGCCCAGACUCCGAUGACGAGACCGCUCCGACAGCCCCACGUGGACGCCCUUCACCCAGCAAAAUACAACCAUUCUACCUUGUCCAGCGGGGUCUCACUGUGCGCAUGCCCAGGACGGCCUCGCCCGCUCCCCUGGAGCCUGCUUCCUGCGGGGAGGGGGCCCGCCCGGGACAGACUCGCCCCACGUGCGCCCUCCAGGGUCACCUGGGGCCUCCUUUCCUCCCCUUUCCUCAGUUUCAUUCUCUUGCAACAGACGCCCAGACACAACUGCUUUUCAGUCCCUUUUUUUUUUACGCCUCUUUAUGAGGUUCGGGCGGGAGGAGGAGCUGGGAGGAGACAGGCCCGCUCCUGGGACCCCAGAGGCCCGCGGGCCCUCCCGCGCGGCUCCCCCUCCCCUCCUCACGCGGCCUUACCUAGACUUGCUUUGCCAAACUUUUGCCUUAAGCUGAAUUUAAAGGAAAAACGCCGACACAGAGAAAGCAGGAUCUCUUUUCUACCGGACUUUGCAUCUGCUGGAGGUGAGGGAGGGGCUGGGUCAGGGACGAGAGAGAGACUAGGCUGAGCCCCUUUUCUGGGGUGUCUUGGGACAGGAACACAGGUUUAGACCUAAAACCAGCUGCUCAUUCUUGCAUUUCAGCAGAAACAAAACCACAGACAGCCGCUGCCUAAAGAGCCCCGGGUGGAGCCUCCCCCCUUCCCCGUACCUGGCCCC